UUAUCUACCUACUGCUUACGAAGUAUAUAAGCGUAUUGCAUUCACUAUGCAGCAACUAGUAUCUUACCUAUUAAACUGGUAACAUCGAACAUCGAAACAUUCCUAUAUUUAAGAUAUAACCUAACUACAAUGGAGCCAACCUGUGGUGCCGACGCUCAUAAGCGUGCCAACACGGCCUUCAGAGCAGGCACUACACUUCCAUUAAGCUGGAGAAAGAGCCAACUAAAGGCUCUUAGAAGUAUGAUAAGUGAAAAUGAGAAAAUUAUUCAAAAGGCAGUAUAUGCGGAUUUGGGUAAGAGUCCCGAGGAGGUUUGGUUGGCGGAGACACAAGCCUCAAUCAACGGUAUUGAUAGCAUGAUAGCCAAUGUAGAUAACUGGUCAAGAGCUACUCACGUAAACACAGAUGUUUUUAACUAUCCGGCCACAUCCAUGAUCAAGCCUGAACCUCUGGGCACGGCCCUGAUUAUCGGUUGCUGGAACUAUCCAAUUACACUUAUCGCUGAUCCCAUGGCUGCAAGCAUUGCAGCCGGUAAUGCUGUUGUUGUCAAAACAGGAGCUGAGACACACUCGCCCGAGACAAUGAAGUUAUUGUGUGAGCUAAUUCCGAAGUACAUGGACAAGCAAGUUAUCAGCAUUGUUUCCGGUGGCUUUGACGAGCUACAGGAUCUUUUGACAAUGCGCUGGGAUGUUAUUUUUGCAACUGGUUCACCCGGACUUGGCCGAAUGGUAGCUAAAGCAGGCGCACCAAAUUUGACCAAAUGUAUCCUAGAACUUGGUGGCAAAUCACCGGUUUACGUUGGCAAGGGUGCCAAUUUAGCAAUAGCUGCCAAGCGUAUCGUGUGGGGCUCAUUAGGCCUAAAUGCUGGACAAACGUGUAUACGACCCGAUCACAUGUUCGUAGACAGCUCCAUCGCCGAAGCUUUCAUAAACACGCUGAAAGAAACGAUUGUCGCCCAGUACGGCGCCAAUCCACAGCAAAGUAAAUCGUAUGGGCGUAUGGCAAAGGUACCAGCACAUCACAAGCGCUUAACUCAUAUGAUAAAGAGUGAUAGCAAGUACAUAGUUCAUGGUGGCGAAACAGACGCUUCGGACUUCUAUGUCGCGCCUACGCUUUUAGACUUUGGGGCGGACUCUGAGGCUUACCACGCUGCUGCUAGUAUGCAGGAGGAGAUCUUCGGUCCCAUACUGCCCAUCUUGCGAGUAGAUGAUGCCGAGCAAGCGAUCGAUUCGAUUCUAACAAGAGAAAAACCACUAGCCAUGUAUGCGUUCACACAUGAUAGACACGAACAGGACAUGUUUAUGAACGUAUCUGCGGGCAGUCUCCAGUUCAAUGAUGCCAUUACAUUCAUGCUGAACGAGAAUCUUCCUUUUGGAGGGGUAGGAAAUUCGGGCAGCGGCAAGUACCAUGGGUACCAAGGCUUUGUAGAGUUCAGUCACAUGAAGUCUAUUAUGAUCAACUCGAAUCUGAAUGACUUGAAGGCACGUUUCUCGCCCCAAACAAACUUCGACAUGACCGUGAUGAAACUCGCACACCGCCACAUUCCUGAUGUAGUGGUGAGUGGUUUGAACCGAAUUCACUACUUUGCCCUUGCAACUGUCGCCGCCGGUGCUGCUGCUGCCUUCAUGCUAGGAAAAUUUCGUUAAAGACAGUAUUUCGCUACAGGUUUAAAAAUUAAACGAAUUCCAAUAUUCG